AUGUAUCAUCUAUCCUUAACCAUUUUCUCCUUAUUCUUUCAUAUCUAUCUAUCUAUUAUCAAUCUAUCUAUCUAUCUAUCUAAGGCUUUAUCUAUCUAUCUAUCUAUCUAUCUAUCUUCAUUCAUCUAUCAGGUCUGUUUGUUCUUAUCUAUCUAUAUAUCUAUCUAUCUAUCAGGUCUCUUUGUCUGUUCUUAUCUAUCUAUCUAUCUAUCUAUCAGGUCUGUUUGUUCUUAUCUAUCUAUAUAUAUCUAUCUAUCUAUCAGGUCUUUUGUCUGUUCUUAUCUAUCUAUCUAUCUAUCUAUCUAUCUAUCAGGUCUGUUUGUUCUUAUCUAUCUAUAUAUCUAUCUAUCUAUCAGGUCUUUUGUCUGUUCUUAUCUAUCUAUCUAUCUAUCUAUCUAUCUAUCUAUCUAUCAGGUCUGUUUGUUCUUAUCUAUCUAUAUAUCUAUCUAUCUAUCUAUCUAUUCAUCUAUCUAUCUAUCUAUCUAUCUGUCUAUCUGUCUGUCUGUCUAUCAGGUCCGUCUGUCUGUUUGUUCUUAUCUAUCUCUCUAUCUAUCUAUCUAUCUAUAUAUCAGGUCUGUCUGUCUGUUCUUAUCUAUCUAUCUAUCUAUCUAUCUAUCUAUCUAUCUCAAUAUGUUCAGAUCUCUCUAUCUAUCUGUCUCUCUAUCUAUCUAUCUAUCAGGUUUGUCUGUCUGUCUCAUCUAUCUAGCAGGUUUGUCUGUUUGUUCUUAUCUAUCUAUCUGUCAGGUCUGUCUUUCUGUCUUUUCUUAUCUAUCUAUCUAUCUAUCUAUCUAUCUAUCUAUCUAUCUAUCUAUCUAUCUAUCUAUUCAUAUUUAUUUAGCUAGAUAUUUAUCAUCUCUAUUCAUAUCUAUCUAUCUAUCUAUCUAUCUAUUACAUUCUAUCACAUUCUAUUCAUAUCUAUUUAUCUAUCUAUCUAUCUAUCUAUCUAUCUAUCUAUCUAUCUAUCUAUCUAUCCCUGUCCAUUCAUAUCUAGCUAGUCUGUUUAUUAUCUAUUUGUUCAUUAUCUAUCUAUCUAUCUAUCUAUCUAUCUAUCUAUCUAUCUAUCUAUCUAUCUGUCUGUCUGUCUGUCUGUCUGAAUCUGUUCAUUAUCUAUCUAUCUAUCUAUCUAUCUAUCUAUCUGUCUGUCUGAGUCUGUCUAUCUAUCUAUCUAUCUAUCUAUCUGAGUCUGUUUAUUUCAUUUUAUCUAUCUAUCUAUCUAUCUAUCUAUCUAUCUAUCUAUCUAUCUAUCUAUUUAUCUAUCUGUCUAUCUAUCUAUCUGAAUCUGUUAUUAUCUAUCUAUCUAUCUAUCUAUCUAUCUAUCUAUCUGUCUGUCUGUCUGUCUGUCUGUCUAUUUGUUCAUUAUCUAUCUAUCUAUCUAUCUAUCUAUCUAUCUAUCUAUCUAUCUGUCUGUCUGAGUCUGUUUAUGAAUCUGUUCAUCUAUCUAUCUAUCUAUCUAUCUAUCUAUCUGAGUCUGUUUGUAUCUAUUUGUUCAUGAUCUAUUUAUCUAUCUAUCUAUCUAUCUAUCUAUCUAUCUGUCUGAAUCUGUUCUAUCUAUCUAUCUAUCUAUCUAUCUGUCUGUCUGUCUGUCUGUCUGUUUAUCUAUCUGUUUAUCUAUCUAUCUAUCUAUCUAUCUAUCUAUCUUUAUCUAUCUAUCUAUUUCAGUCUGUUCAUAGAUAUCUAUUCCUCAACAUCUGUUUAGAUAUCUAUUCUCAUCAUCUGUUCUAUCUAUCUAUCUAUCUAUCUAUCUAUCUAUCUAAAUCUGUUCAUAUCUGUCUAUCUUUUCAUAUCUAUCCGUCUCUAUAUAUUUCUUAUCUAUCUAUCUAUCUAUCUAUCUAUCUAUCUAUCUAUCUAUCUUUAUUCGUAUCUAUCUCAGUCUGUUCAUAUCUAUCUGUCUAUUUAUCUCAGUUUGUUCAUAUCUAUCACUUUUCAUAUCUCUCUAUCUGCUACUGUUUUGUUCAUAUCUAUCUAUCUAUCUAUCUAUCUAACUAUAUAUCUAUAUAUCUCAAUAUAUCCUUUUCGUGGUUAUUUUCAUUAUUUCUCAAACUAUUUUUUCACUCUCUCUUUUUACACUCGGUGGCCUUUGCCUCUCCCCCUUUCUCUCUCUCUCUCUCUCUCUCUUUCUCUCUCUCUCUCUCUUUUUAUUUCUUUAUUUUUCGCUCUACUAAUGAAACACCGAACGAGUUGGGUUUUUUUUUAUGA